CAUCACUCGAUGCAUUGCAGUAUCUGCAGCAAAGACUACAGAACAAUGGCAAUGCGGGGAUUCGAGCUGCUGUUGAUUGUACAUCUUGUGUAUGUCCAAGUGCCUUCGGGUUCUACAAUGACAUCAAAUGCCCCUGCUACAGCCACUCCAUCGCCUCCACCAACUACGACGCCUCGUCCAACUACGACCCCUCCUCCAACGUCGCCGCCUACCACCAAUAAUUCCGCCGAAGAGGCUUGCCCUGCAGUUGACGUGUGUGUCAAUGGAGGCAUCUGUGAAGACGGCCCGGCCUCCGGGGAACCCUUCACGUGCAAAUGUCCUUAUGGAACCACUGGAAGAUACUGCGAGACGGCAUGCGUUCAACGUAAGGUCGACCUUCUCCUGAUAGAAGAUGCGUCUCCGUCCGUCACGAAAACUGAAGACUACGCUGCAAUGAAGGAAUUUGAAGUUCAACUGAUCAAUGAUACCCGAAUAAAUCUGUCUCUUUUACAUGUUGCUGAGGUGGUAUUUGGAAAAGAAGCUGAGGUGGGAUUCCAUCUAAACACCUUCCAAGACAAGGGGUCCGCCCUGGCAGCCAUUGCGAACGCUACCAAAGAACAUGGUCCAACAUUCCUUAACAAAGCUGUUAAAAUAGCCGACAUCAACGUGUUUAGUGAGAAAAACGGUGACCGCACUGACGCUGAUAAUGUCGUCAUCGUGUUCACUGACGGAAGAAGCAGAAACGGUAUGAACGUUAUGAUAGAUGCUGGUGGUCUCAGGAGGAAGGCAGUUAUCUAUGUCGUGGCUUUGACGAAAAGUCAGGCCAUCGGAACCAUGAAGGACGUGGCGUCAAAAUCCAGCCUUGUAUUCACCGAUAGACAGAAAGCUUUGAAGGACAUCAGCGAUAGUCUGACUAAGCUUACAUGUCCAAGUGAAGGGCCUGGAAGGAGAUGAGUGGAUAUGUUUUAUGGAAAUAAAUACCAUUCAUCCUA